CGUACGCGCGCCAAGUCGCAACAAUUCGAAAACUCAUCAAGCAAGCAAAUUAGACAACAACAAAAAAUUUCAGAAAAGCGGCAGCGAUUAUUUCGUGUUUUAUUUUCGACAAUCCAAAAAACCCACCACCCACCUUACUAGCCUAGCCUAGACCACUGCCUGAAUUCGGCACUACCAGUACUACCAGAAACCGGCCAAUCAAAAGAAUAAGCAGAAUGUCUCACUCCGUGACCAUAACACGCACCACAACCAGCACUACCAACACCUCCUAUAUAGUGCUGAAUACAGGCUAUCUAAAGUCCUUCCCCGGCAUUUUGAAGCUCUUCGAGCUGCUCGUGGGUGCCGCCAUUGUUGGACUGAUGGCCUACAAUUUUAGAGACUACUACCAUACGUUCAGGGGCCAACAGGACUUGUUCCACUACCUGAUGGCCACCACUUUCAUGAUAGGGACAUUUUGUUUAUUACUCUCCUGCCUGACAUCGCUGAGCACGGGCGGCAUUAUUGCCAAAACCAUAUAUGAACUGAUCUAUCAUAGCAUUGCGGCCAUUCUAUUACUAGCCUCCUCGACAUGCCUGCUGAUCGAGUUAAGGAAUCGAAAGCACGAUGGCUACAUGGCAGCGGGUAUUCUUGGAUUGGUUAAUUGUAUUCUAUACUUCAUAAGUGCCUUCUUGGCACAUCGAUCCUACCGUGGCAUUUAAGCCGCAGAUCCAUUCGAAGGAACAAACAGAGUUGCCAGCAUUUCGCACAAUGAAUUUAUUUUUUUGGAGCGUCAAUAUUUCAAAGAAUACAAAAUCAAUUUAUUAUUUAAUGUGAAUGUUCGUUGUAAGGCAUAGAGCUUAAUUCUGAAAUCAAUUAUAUUUUUGCUAAAAACUUUUUUUUUGUAAAUGUGUAACGUA